CAAUGACAUACCUGACGAACUCCCAUCCGAACUCAUCCCUCCUUCCUCCCGAGAUCUUGAUGGCUCUGUUAAUUUCCUUAAGGACAUUCUCAAGAACGAUACACGCGCUCGCUCUCCAUUGGGUCUCGACACUCCUGUCUCGCGUCUUAAAGAGCGCUCGUUUAAUUCUACAUCUGCACCAGGUGCUGGCGGACGACAAGAUGCUACAGUCUACAAGCACACCGACGCAGAGCCUCCUGGUGGGUUCUAUCAGCCCCGCAGCAGGCACCUCGACCGCAGCACUGUGCGCUCGCGCAAUGAAGACAACAGCCCUGCCGCAGAUAUGUCUGAUAUAAAACGUCAACUUGCCAACACGCAAAAGAUGCUCGAUGCAAGCGCCGUGGCAGAUGCGGGCGAUGAUGAUCUCGAUCGUGAGAUGGGCAAUCUGCGUUACCGCAUAAAGCGGCUGCAAGAUGAUUUGGACUAUGUCUCUCGCGGUCCGAGGAGCGCGAGCAAAGAGGAGGAGCGUAGGAGGUUGGAGAGAGAGCUUUUGCAGCUCAUGCAUGAGCGUGUACCUGAGCUCGAGCGCAAGAUCCAGGACCGCCAGGCGAGGAAAGAGAGGGAGGAUCGCGAGUACGCCAGAGAGCGUGAUAGGAGGAACGAGAGAUCUGGUCGGUUUGACGAUACGGAUGACAGGCAUUCGCUCUCGCGCUAUCGAGAUGAUGACCGCGAUAGGCCUUAUUCUCGCAGUGCAUCAAGGUACGACAGGGAUGACAGAGAGUACGACAGGGAUAGGUCAUACCGUGACCGCCAUGACGAUCGGGACCUGGAUCGCGGUUUGUCGACAUCAACGCGUACUCCACCGCCACCGCCGCCACCUGCUGCUCCAGCAAACAACAUAUCGCAACCUCCACCACCAGCACCAGCCCCCAGCCGCUCGCCUGCUCCAGGAAUGAAAAACAUGACACCUGAAGAGCGCAAAGCGUUUAUCCAAGCGCAAGCCAAGAAACGUCUCGAAGAGCGUAUGCAAGCUCUAGGCGUUUCAACCCCAUCUUCGACUGCAUCACCUACCCUGGGUGUCAGCGUUGAAGACAGACUCGCUCAGGAAAAGAAGGAAGCGGAGGAGAAAGCCAAGGAAGCUGAGAGACAGGCUGAAGAGCGCGAGAGGCUUAGGAGAGAACGACUCGAAAGCGAGAAGGCUCUCAAGGAAGGCAAGGCAACUCCUCAACCUACGCCUACUAUACCGACACCUACUACCACUGCCCCACCUCCUGCCCCUGUACCCAAGGUUGCAUCGCCAGCUCUGAAACCACGUGCACCACCACCUCCACCAAGGAAGGGCUCUGGUCUUCGCACGCCUGCGCCCUCGCUUGUUCCCGCUCCCCCAGUACCAACCCCUAUGCAUGCUGUUGUUCCCCCGCCAGCUCCCGUAGCACCUGCUCCUCCACCAGUACCUGCUGUACCAAAAGAAGACCCGGAGGACGCAGCUCUCAAAGCCCGUGAAGCAGCCCUUCGUCAGAAACGAGAAGACCACGCUGCCCUCCUCCGCAAGCUUGAGGAAGAGGAGGAGGAGGCGCGUCGUGCUGAGGAAUUAUACCUGGCACGCCGAAAGCAGUUCUUGGCUGGUAAAUCUGCCGUGUCCCCUAUCACGCCCGCUACACCUACAUCUCCUGUCCUCCCGCCACAGCCUGCUUUCGUUCCUGCUCCGCCGCCGCCUGCUCCUCCAGCAGAGCCGGAGUCUAGGCCGGAGGAAGUGACACCGCCUACUAUUCCUGCUCCACCACCACCGCCGCCGCCGCCCGUACUACCUGUAAAUAAGUCAAGUACCAAUCCCUUCAGUCGAAUGAUGAAGGAGGGGGGGUCUGCUGUUUCGACCCCGGCAGCGACCAACGGCAGCAGCAACCCCUUCUUCCUCAACAAUCCUGCGCCACCACCUACCACAUCUGCUCCCCCCAAAAGUCCGGCUCCUCCCAAAACUGAAGAAGAAUGGGAUGAGGUCAUGGAAAACGAAGGUAAUGAUAGUAGUGAUGAGGAGUUGGGUUCAAGGGAUACGCGUAUGGGUUUGGCGCAGCAGCUGUUUGGGAACUUGUUGCCUUCAAGGCCGCAAUCUACUGGUCCUGAAAAGUCUCGAAGUCCUGCGCCUUCUGUGCCUCUGCCGCCACCUUCUGCGCCUCCUGCGCCAUUUGCUCCCACUCCCCCUGCUGCACCUCCGCCGCCAUCCGCACCAUUUGCGCCCCCGCCACCAGCAGUCAAUAUUACAUCCCCAGCUCCAACUGGCGAUCGCAAUGCCCUCUUGAGCGCUAUCCAAGGAGGAGCAAGAUUGAGGAAGGCUGUUACCAAUGACCGCAGUGCUGCAGCGACCUCUGGCCAAGUUAUUGGCGAUGUUGCUCCUCCUGCUCAUAUCAAUGCUGCGCCCCGUCCAGCGUCGCCUCCCGUUGCUGUCGCACCAGCUACAUUCAUGCUUCCUUCACCCCAAGAGCCCGUCACUGAGGCGCCCCAGAUUUCCGGAGGGUCAACUUCAGGACACAGUAAGAAGGAAUCGGUCGAUUGGUAUGCUGGUCUUGCUGCUGACCAAGGCGCUGUGCAUCACUUGCCAACUACUAUCGAAGAGGAUGAGGAGCCGGCUGAGGAGGCGUCUGCGAUGCCAGGGAUUCAAGCGUCUGAGGCGGCUGAUCUGAUGGAUGAUAUUGAUAAGUCUACUGAGUUCCGUGUGCGGUCACUUUACCCGUAUGAAGGACAGAGACAUGAUGAUCUCAGUUUUGUUGCGAACCUGAUCAUUACUGCUCAUCCGUCCAAGACAGGAGGCGAUUGGUGGUAUGGCACCAUCGUGAAGGAUGGCAAAUCUGGAUUCUUCCCACAAACAUACGUGCAGAUGGUGGAACCAGUGAAAGCAAAUGCUUUGUACUCGUACGCAGGGGAGAACGCAGAUGAGCUUCCCUUUGCCGAAGGCGACGAACUGUCCAUCAUAGAUAGAAGCGAAGCAGAUUGGUGGAAAGCUGAACGAGACGGGAUCGUCUUUAUCGUGCCAGCGGCUUACCUGGAGAUAGUAGAGGCCGCCGGAUCUCCACACCUCAUGCGCGUGAACCCGCGUGAGAAGCCGUCGACUAACAUUGACAGCCUCGAACGUCGUGACAUAAGUGGAGCAACAGCUGCCAGUGGAUCACCUGAUGAUGACGACCAAGUUGACAGGUCUUCCGAUGGAGGCGAGGACUAUUUUUCGAUGGACGAGUCAGAUGACGAUUCAGAAGGGUCUGAAGAUGGGACUGUUGAGGACGAACACUCCCGAGAGCUUGAACGUCAACGAGUGUUGGAGGCGGCGGGUCUGAUUGUAGAUACGAGCUCGAGUGUGAUGGCGCCGCUUAAUCCCCCAGUACAGAAGCGCCGUCCUCCACCCGUGACUCCUCAUCGGGUUUCCAUAGCACCAUUGACUUCGAAGAAUCUUCCGCCGGUGCCGACUGUCGACUUGACAGAUACUGAACUCGAUUCGACCUCUCGUCUGGACGACGCUUUCGAUCGCUACGAGGUUUUCAAGAAGACGAAUGUGAAUUUCAACAAUAGGAUGUCUGUCUCAUCCUUUGAUACCACCCCUUCGUCGCCUCCGCGCUCCCCUGCCGUGUCUUUGGCGCCUAGUCUUACUCAUCGAGAUUGGGAGAGUCGUACGUCACAGUUUUUGAGCUUUCUUGGGAGACAUACGAACAGAAAAACGUUGGUCAUAUCUGGUCCUAUCGUCAAUACGCCUCCUGGUGGUGAGACUGGAGAUGAGAACCCUAGUUUUGGCACGUCGUGGGCGAGCUUAGUGGACAAGUCGGCGCUCGAGGGCAUCCCUAAGAUGGAGCGGCGGCGACAAGAGUUGUUCUACUCUCGACUUAUGGGCACGCUCGGAGAGAAGGCGACUACUGUUAUAUUUGCUAAUAUUGAAGACAUACUACUCACUAAUACCACAUUCCUUUCUGUUCUCGAAGAACGUCAGAAAGACUGCCGACUCUAUAUCGACCACAUUGGCGAUGUUCUCGAGACUCACAUUCCUAACAUGCACCUUUAUUUGUCGUAUUGCGUGAACCAGUUCAACGCUGCCAAGGUUCUUCAGUCCAUGAGAGACAGCAAUGCUGACCUUGCUACUCAACUUCAGCGCCUCCGCGAUGACCCUUCUGCUCGAUGUCUUGAUUUGUCACAUUAUCUCCUCGUACCUAUGCAACGUCUCACCCGAUACCCUCUCCUAAUUCGCCAAAUCCUUCAAUACACUGAUAACCCCUCAACAACUAACACUGCUACUCAAACCACAACUAGCGGAUACUCACCAGCAAUCUCCGACCAGCUCCAGGAACGACAAAACAUCAGUGCUGCUUUGGACGCAGCAGGGAAGAUUCUAGAGCACGUGAACGAGACGAUACGGGAGCAAGAAGGGAAGGAAAGGCUAAGUGAGAUUAGCAAGGAUCUGUGGAUUGGACAGGGUCGCCUUGAUCUAACUGCUCCAACUCGCCAUCUGGGACCGCGAAAGCUUUUGAAGGAAGGGGUGAUAAGCAAAGCAAAAAGCGGGCGCAAACUUCGUCUAUUCCUAUGCAGCGACAUCCUCGUGCUGACACAUGAAGGGGGCAAGGGUUUAUAUCGUGUUCCCAUACCUCUCAACGAAGUACAAAUAAAGGGGUCGAGAAACGAACGAGAGGACUAUCUGCUUCGCCUGCACCUUGCAUACCCGCGUGGUGGCGAUACCAUUGUUUUGCGAGCAACUUCACCCAAGGAAUGUUUAUCAUGGAAGGAUGCGAUCGAGCGUGCUAGUCGAAAAGCUAGAGAGGGAGAACGAAGAGCUGCUAAAGUUCAGCGUACGGUAUCAUCGAAGACGGACCUAGUAGUAUCGUAGAGUUUACAGACAUUUGAUUCGAUUUAUUUACUUGUUCUAUAUUCCCCAGUACUAACCGAGCUUCAGUUAUUCGUUGCCAG